CGCUGACUUCACUGCUCGAUCCCAAGCAAAGGAGUGAACCCUUCCGUUUACACAAGAUGGUAUUCUUCGACGCUCUGGUUCAAUUUGGAAGAGUUGUAUCUCCCCAGUUAAUUUCAUUCUAUACCGUAGAGGCCAACUUCUCUGGUUAAUAUAACCUCUGAGACCAUCCAAUAUUUUCCCAGCCUCUUGAGUUACUAUGGAUACGAUAUGGAAGAUGGAUGGCUAACAACAAUUCACGUGAGACUCCGACUGUUCUGGAUUCUGCGGCGACCGGUCGAGGGAAAGAAACUCCGACUGUUGUCAAAUCUUGCAAUUCUUGGUCAAUUUUGUUUACAAGCUAUGGGUUGCAGAUAGAAAGAAGCAUAAGGCUGACACAAAAUAUAGACCGAAAAGUCAUGGCGUCCUGAACCAUGGUGAAUCAGGAUCUUGUAGUCAUGUCUUUGUUCGGGGGUCAUCUGUAAGGCAUCUCUCAGGGUUUAUGCAGCAGAGAAAACUUCCUUCGAUGAUCUAAACCCAAUCUCAGACAACUGCCGCCUAGCCAAUCUGUGAGGGGUGUUCUACAACCUUCAUCACCUAAAGAGAUGAGUGGAAGCUGGAUGUACGAUAAACGGAACACAUUGGAAUUUAUGAAUGGGGUGGCUGAAUUUUGGAAACGUUGUUUUAGAAUAUAGAGCAUUGACUGGUUGUGAUGAGUUAUAUUGUCCUUGUGUUGAUUGUGCCAACGUAAAUUCAUUCCGGUCAAUAGAGAUGAUCAGAGAACAUUUAAUUUGUCGUGGAUUUAGACAACAAUACUAUGUAUGGAUAUGGCACGGUGAGAAAGGAGUAUAUAGAGAUAAUAUAACAGAUGCAAAUAAUAUGACACGUUCUGAGGCUGAGGGUGUGAAUAAUGAAGACAAUGAAGGUGAAGGUGAAGGUGAAGGUGAAGGUGACGGUGAAGGUGACGAUGACGAUGAAGGCGAAGGUGAAGAUGAUGAUGAUAAUGAUGAUCAUGAUGAUGAUGAUGAUGAUGAUGAUCUGAGUGACGAAGUAGAUCCUAUGGAUGAGAUGAUGGGUGGAGCCAAAGACUAUUGUAGUGGACGACCACGUAUUUUCGAAAGUUUGUCACAAGCAGCAGAAAAACCAUUAUAUCCUGGGUGUACAAAAUACACAAAGCUUUCUGCCGUGAUAACACUUUAUAAUGUGAAAGCCAAGAAUAAUUGGAGCGACACAAGUUUCACACCUUUGUUGGAAGUAUUACAUGACAUGCUUCCUGACGGAAAUGAAAUGCCAAAGUCAAAUUAUUAUGCGAAGAAGCUCAUGUGCCCUUUGGGUUUAGAGUACCAAAAGAUUGAAGCAUGUCCGAAUGAUUGUGUCUUGUACCGAAAUGAAUACCGCAUGUUGAACAAGUGUCCACGUUGUGGUAAGUCACGGUACAAACGUGAUGGCGUUGACUCAAAGAGUGAUAAGAAAGGGCCACCAGCAAAAGUGUUGUGGUAUCUUCCCAUAAUACUGAGGUUGAAGCGUCUUUUUUAGAUGAAGACAAAUGCAAAAUAUUUGAGGUGGCAUGGAGAGCAUCGGAAGAAAGAUGGGAUGCUAAGACAUCCAGCAGACUCUCCCCAAUGGAAAACUAUUGAUGCAUCAUUUCCGGAUUUCGGCAAGGAAGUGCGGAAUGUAAGACUAGCUCUAUGUACGGAUGGAAUGAAUUCAUAUGGGAGCUUUAGUAGUCAACAUAGUACAUGGCCGAUUCUUUUGGUUAUAUAUAAGUAUAUAACCUGCCACCCUGGUUGUGCAUGAAGCGCAAAUGUAUGAUGUUGUCGCUUUUAAUAUCUGGACCUAAACAGCCCGGGAAUGACAUUGAUGUCUACCUCGCUCCUCUCAUUGAUGAUCUGAAAACAUUGUGGGAUGAAGAAGUUUCAGUCUUUGAUGCACAUAUUCGUGAGUACUUCACAUUGCGUGCCAUGCUGUUUUGUACAAUCAAUGAUUUUCCCGCAUGCGGGGAUCUAUCCGGAUAUAAGGUGAAAGGAAAGAAACCUUGUCCCAUUUGUGAUGAUGACCUGCACUCCACAUAUCUACCUCAUUGGGGGAAGUAUGUGUAUAUGAAAACCCGGAGGUAUCUUCCUCGGCAUCACCCUUAUAGCAAGAAGAAGAAAGCAUUUGAUGGAGAUGUUGAGUUGAGAUCUGCUCUUAGACCCUUAACUGGAAAAGAAGUUUAUGAACGUCAUAAGGGUGUUGUGCAUGUCUUCGGCAAAUCAAAAAAGAAGAACAAAGAGUCUACCUCUUUAUGGAAAAAAGAGUCCAUAUUCUUGAAGCUUCCUUAUUGGCAGCACUUGACAGUUAGACACUGUCUUGAUGUGAUGCACAUUGAAAAGAAUGUUUGUGAUGCUAUUAUUGGGACAUUAUUGAACAUCCCAACAAAGACAAAAGAUGGCAUACAUGUCCAGAGAGAGAUGCAAGAAAUGCAAAUUCGACCUGAAUUGUGGGUGCAAGAUAAGAGCGACAAAGGAAAAAAGAAGUCUACAUUUACUCUACCUCCCGCUUGUUAUACCUUGUCUGUAGCUAAAAAACGAAUCUUUUGUGAGUGUUUGUACAAUAGAGAUGCUUUGUACUAUGCUCGUGGAGAGAAGGUAGACCACGAUGGCCGUGUUGUUGGAUAUGGUGGCACUAAUGUUGGCCAUACGAAAGCAUUCGGCAAAAAGUCAAGUCAAUCACAGUGUAGUGGAUGUUCUUCACAAAGCAUCGAGUCCAUGAAGGCCUCAUUAAGGGAAGAGUUUAAGGAACAAGUGAAUGAGACAGUGAAGCAAAACGUGAUCAACAUCUUGAACGAAAUGGGUCUUACAAGUUUUAACUUCUCCAGUGGUGCUUCUAUACCGAUGCCCUCAACAUCAAUAAAUCACGCACCACAUCCAUUGCCAAAUGAUGAGUUGCUGGGUCCAAGAGCAUGUCGUCUGUUUUUGAAUGAUUUUGGAACCAGACGAUUGUUUGAGGUGGGUCGUGGCACAACAUUUCCUUCUGGAACUGGAGUAAGUUGUCAUCACAUGCCAAUAAUGGAAGGCCACUUAAAGGUGGGCGUAGACACCAUUUUGAAUGACUAUGUGGGUGCCACACUUCCAGUACCUGUUCCCACUGUGAAUCUUUUUACCAUAGGCGAUGCCCAAGGUAGUUUUGUUCAAUGGCCGGUUGAUUGGGUGAAAUUUGUAAGUGAGGUCACGAGUAGUAAACCAUCAAAGGGCAAGAAGAAAUUGGAUAUCCGUAAAAAACCGGUCAAACGAUCUUUAGUAUCUGAUGGUGUCUUGUUGGCACUCAGUAAAGAUUGCAAGUGGUUGCACUCGAUUAUAGCAUCUCGGAGUAGCGACGAUCCCUUUGGAAUUACUUUCGAUGCUCGCAUGUUCCAAUAUAAAUCAAGUGAUGGUGAUGACAUUUUAACAACGAGGACAUCUCUCAGUUUUUGUCCAGUGCAAUGAUUAAUAUAUCCAUUAUUCAAGUAUUCAUCAAAGUAAUGCAUGAGUAUGCCGAGGGUUUGAAUACAAAUGCGCAAAUUAGAUGGAUGUGUCCUGAUGCAAUUUGUGCAACUUCAUGUGACCAUAACCCAGAAGAUGUGAGAGAGUACAUACACCGAGCCAUCAUUGAAUCUCGCAAUUCUGGUGUAGAUAUUAUCUUUGCUCCUUAUUACAAAAAUUAUCAUUGGGUAUUGCUUGUGGUAUGAGUCUCACGUGGCAUGAUCUUUAUGUAUGAUUCGCUUCGCACUAGCCCAAUGCGCCGCUUAUUAAUCAUGUCAUUGUUUAGCAGUGUUUUUCGAAAUUUGUGCGGUGAUGGUGAAAAUAAGCAAAAAGUGAUUUGAAAGCAAAUGAAGUGUGCGAAGCAAACGGGUGGAUUGGAGUGUGGAUAUUAUGUAAUGUGAUUCAUGUACGAUGUGGUAAAGUGUAUUGGUGAUGGUCAAAAUAUGGAGCAGGUGUACAAGAACACUUCAAGAGAUGAGCCGUUGUCAAUUGAUGAAAUCGGUGACGUUCUAGACGAAUGGACCAUCUAUGUUUGUGAUAACAUUUUGUAAACUUUAUACUACCUAAACAUGUAAUGCAAGUAUUUUUUAAACUUUUUAUCGAAUUAGAUGUGUUUGGUGAUUAUUGUUCUCAACUAGUAGCAUUAUUAGCACUUCGUUAAAUGAUAUGAAAGACUUGUGAAUUUGAUAUGAACAGGUUUGUUUUGGGACCUAUAAUGGAUAUGAUAUUAGUUGUGCAUUUUUUGGUAUUAAAG